UAACACCCCCAACAAGACACCCCAUCAAACUCUCUCUCACAUGUCUACACACUGGAGAUUCCUCAUCAUCCUACACCUCCUUCGCUUCUCUCUCUCCAGUUCUCACCCCAUCAAAUCAAACCCAUAUCUCCAAUUUCCAUGUAAACCACCACACUACAACUCCUACCCCUUUUGCAACACCUCUCUCCCAAUCAAAACCAGAGCUCAAUCCCUCAUCUCUCUCCUUACCCUUGAAGAGAAGAUCCAACAGCUCUCAAACAAUGUCACCCAGAUCCCACGGCUUGGUUUACCUGCCUAUGAGUGGUGGUCUGAGUCACUCCAUGGGAUUGCCACCGAUGGCCCUGGGAUUACCUUCAAUGGCACAAUCCAAUCCGCCACUAGCUUCCCACAAGUCAUUCUCACUGCUGCUUCGUUUAAUAGAACUCUGUGGAAAUCAAUUGCUUCAGCGACUGCGAUUGAGGCUAGAGCAAUGUAUAAUGUGGGUCAAGCUGGAUUGACGUUUUGGGCACCUAAUAUUAACAUUUUUAGGGACCCCAGAUGGGGAAGAGGCCAAGAGACCCCAGGGGAGGACCCAAUGGUUGUGUCGGCUUAUGCAAUCGAAUAUGUGACGGGUUUUCAAGGAGAGAAUUGGAGAGCAGAUGGUGGAGUUCAAUAUGGGUUUGGUGAGAAAAGAGCCUUGAGGGAUGAUGGUGGGAGUGAUGAAUUGAUGUUGUCUGCCUGUUGUAAGCAUUUCACUGCUUAUGAUCUGGAGAAAUGGAGGGAUUUUACUAGGUAUAACUUCAAUGCUGUGGUCACAAAGCAGGAUUUAGAGGACACUUAUCAGCCACCAUUCAAAAGUUGUAUUCAACAAGGUAAAGCAAGCUGCUUGAUGUGUUCGUACAAUUCAGUGAAUGGGAUACCUGCAUGUGCACAGAAGGAUCUUUUACACAAAGCACGAAAGGACUGGGGGUUUAAAGGAUAUAUCACCUCUGACUGUGAUGCUGUGGCCACUAUAUUCGAAUAUCAAAAUUACACAAAAUCUGCUGAGGAUGCUGUUGCCAUUGCUCUUAAAUCAGGAACGGAUAUUAACUGUGGAACGUAUAUGUUGCGACACACCCAAUCUGCAAUUGAACAGGGGAAAGUGCAAGAAAAUGACAUCGACAGAGCUCUUCUCAAUCUGUUUUCGGUUCUACUACGUCUUGGCUAUUUUGAUGGAGACCCUGCAAAAGGAAAGUUUGGCAAAUUGGGACCUCAAGAUGUAUGUACAUCAGAGCACAAGAAACUGGCACUUGAAGCAGCAAGGCAGGGCAUUGUGCUUCUGAAGAAUGACAAGAAAUUCCUGCCUUUGAAUAAAAAUGGUGUAUCUUCACUAGCUGUCAUUGGUCCGAUGGUAAAUGAUACAAGCCAACUAGGUGGUGAUUAUACAGGAGUUCCUUGCAACCAAAAGAGCAUUGUUCAGGAACUUCAGGAAUACAUGCAGAAAACAUCAUGUGCAAUUGGUUGCCCGGACAUAGCUUGCAAUACCAGUAAUGGUUUUAUGGAAGCUCUUUCUAUUGCGGAAGAAGCUGAAGUUGUAAUUGUAGUGGCUGGCCUGGAUUUAUCCCAAGAACGUGAAGAUCAGGACCGGUAUAGUCUUCUCUUGCCAGGCUAUCAAAUGUCCCUCAUUACAACUGUUGCUGCUGUAACUAAGAAACCAUUGGUUUUAGUUCUUACUGGUGGUGGACCUAUUGAUGUAUCAUUUGCGGAAGUAGACCCGCAAAUUGCAAGCAUUCUUUGGAUAGGUUACCCAGGAGAGACUGGAGGGAAAGCACUUUCAGAAGUCAUUUUUGGAGAUUAUAAUCCAGGUGGAAGAUUGCCAAUGACCUGGUAUCCCGAGUCAUUCACUCAUAUCCCAAUGACUGACAUGAACAUGCGAGCUGAUCCUUCUCGUGGUUAUCCUGGAAGAACCUAUCGGUUCUACGCUGGAAAAAGGGUAUAUGGAUUUGGUCAUGGCCUGAGCUAUACAAAUUAUACUUACAAGCUCCUCCAGGCACCUAAUAAACUGAGUUUAUUGGGAUCUAUCAAACCCAAAUCUAAGAAGAACAUACUACACCAAAAAGCAGAUGGAGUUGACUAUAUCCAUAUGAAUGAGGUAGAAAAUUGUGAUUUACUGAGAUUCUAUGUGCAGAUAUCUGUGAUGAAUAAGGGAGAUAUGGAUGGAAGCCACAUUGUCAUGUUGUUUUCUAGAGUGCCACAUUUUUUUAAAGGUGCUCCAGAAAAACAACUAAUCGGCUUUGAUCGUGUCCAAACUGUUUCUUACCAAUCUACUGAAACAAGCAUCUUAGUAGAUCCUUGUGAACAUCUCAGCAUUGCAAACGAGCAUGGCACAAGAAUAUUGCCUUUGGGUGAUCAUACCUUGAUUUUAGCAGAUUUAGAGCAUACUGUUACGAUUGAAACGUGAUAAAGGCCGUUUGGAAUUCAUUCCAAUACCCAAAUUUCUAGAUUGCAACACGGAUGCGCAAUCAACUUGCCUAUCUUUUCGAGACAGUGUAAUUUUCUUGUUACAAUUAUAGGUGGAACUUUUACCUUUCUUUGGUUGCUGAAGCUCAAAUGUUUUCGAACACCAUGUAUUGCAUUGCAUGACAGGUUCCCGGCAAUGUAUGCAUUUUUCUCAAUACCUAUCGUUCUAUAAAAUCAUUAGGGAUAUUUGUUUCUGAGGUACUUUUUUCACUGUAGAAAACAUUGGUAGAUAGACAAUUUGUAAUCAGCAUCUCAAUAUAAGGAGACAGGUUUUAGCAGGUAGUUUAGUACCAUGUUAUUCUUUAUGGAAAAUUGGGAUCACUUUGCUAUUUAGUUGGAACUUCCACCACAUAUUUAUUUGCUGGUUCCAUGUUGACUAUCUGCACAUGAGGUAAAGUUGCGUACCUUCAACCCUCCCUAGAACCUGGUAG